AUGCAGGAUAAGCUCAAGCAUCCUCAAGAAGAAACCAUUGUCCACACCAUCCCAGAGUCCUCAAUAGUACAUACCUCCAAAUAUGAGGCACACACGGCUUCCGAUAAACCAGAACCAGAACCGGCACAGCCCUCUUCCUCCAGUAACACACUUCCGUCCGCCAUCUCCUCUCGUUUCUCCGACCUUCAACAUCGUUUCGCCCACUUCAUGGAUAACUUCCAAACCCACGUCUUUACAGCCUCCCGCCGCUUAAACGACCUGACAGGUUAUUCGGGGAUCGAAGUGUUAAAGACUGAUAUAGAACACCAAGAAUCUGUGGUCCAGGCAUGUCGUGCAGCCGUGAAGGACGCUCGGGCGCGCUACAGCGAAGCAAUUGCUAAGCGGAGUACGACGCAACGCGAAGUCAAUGAUUUGCUGCACCGCAAACAUACGUGGUCGCCCGCAGAUUUGGAGAGAUUCACCAGUCUAUAUCGGUCCGAUCACGCGAAUGAGCAAGCCGAAACCGCUGCGCAAAAGGAAGUAAGUGACGCAGAAGCCCGGUAUGAAGAGGCGUCCACGAAACUUGCGAAGGCGAUAUUGGCUAGGUAUCAUGAAGAACAAAUUUGGAGUGAUAAGAUAAGGCAGAUGUCCACCUGGGGCACAUGGGGACUGAUGGGAAUCAAUGUAUUGUUGUUCCUGAUCUUUCAAAUCGUCUUGGAACCAUGGCGAAGGAAGCGCUUGGUGAAGGGCUUCGAAGAGAAAGUGGAGUUAGCACUUAAAGAAAGGGAGGAAGAGACCAAGACUGCAGCAUUACAGCCGAAUCAAAGUACUGCGGAGGCUGCAGCGAGCUUCACACCGGGCGAGAAAGUCGAGGCGGUAGCGGAUAAUAUUGCGGAACAGAUCGUCGAUGCUGUUACCGGUGCAACAUCUGAGGAGAAAGCUCCAACGCCGCCUCCAUUGUCGAACAUUGAAGCAGUCGCCGAAUCUUUAACAGCACAAGAACUCGCUGCUGAAGGAACUCUGCCCGCAGGCUCCCCCGACACUCUCCCAUUUGCUGUUCCAACCGAAGAAAUGCCACCACAGCCCGUGAACGGGUCCUCGCGCUGGACAUCUCCUGACUCUCCCCUGGCUUGGUACGAAGACUCUCUGAGAGCACUCUUCAGCGACGACCACAAGAUCCUCGUCUCACAGAGGGAAUUGACCACCGUGGCCAUGGAAGGCGUGGCAGGCGGAAUGGCAAUUAUGGGCCUCCUUUUUGUACUCCUCAGGCCCCGGUAG